CGUCGGGUUAAGUGGGGUCACGGCCGGCGGUGCGCCGGUCACAAGCCAUGUGGCGCAGUGGGUGGAGGACCAGGGGCGUGCUGUGGAGGCUGAGCGGCCGGAGCGCCAGCCUCGGAGCAUGGAGGUGGGCAAGCACCACGGCCUGUGAGAGGGCGCUGCUGCGGUACCGGGUCGGAGAGAAGAUCCACGGCUUCACUGUCAGCCAGGUAACGUCUGUUCCUGAGCUGACGCUGACCGCCGUGAAACUCAGCCAUGACAGCACGGGGGCACAGCACUUGCACCUGGCCAGAGAGGACAGAAACAACCUGUUCAGCGUGCAGUUCCGCACCGCCCCCGCGGACAGCAGCGGCGCCCCGCACGUCCUGGAGCACACGGUCCUGUGCGGCUCUCAGAGGUACCCCUGCCGGGACCCCUUCUUCAAGAUGCUGAACAGGUCGCUGUCUACGUUCAUGAACGCCUUCACGGCUAGUGAUUACACCCUGUACCCAUUUUCCACACAAAACCCCAAGGACUUCCAGAACCUCCUAUCCGUGUAUUUGGACGCAGCCUUCUUUCCCUGCUUGCGGGAACUGGAUUUCUGUCAGGAAGGAUGGCGACUAGAACAUGAGGAUCCCAGUGACCCCCAGACGCCCUUGGUCUUUAAAGGAGUCGUCUUUAACGAAAUGAAGGGAGCGUUUACAGAUAACGAGAGGAUAUUCUCGCAGCACGUUCAGAGCCGCCUGCUUCCCGACCACACGUACUCAGUGGUCUCCGGAGGGGACCCCUUGUGCAUCCCAGACCUCACGUGGGAGCAGCUCAGACAGUUCCACGCCACACACUACCACCCCAGCAACGCCAGGUUCUUCACUUACGGUAAUUUUCCGCUAGAACAGCAUCUGAAACAAAUUCAUGAAGAAGCACUGAGUAAAUUUCAGAGAAUCAAGCCACGUACCGCAGUGCCAGCCCAGAAGCCUUGGGAUAAGCCUAGGGAGUUCCAGGUCACGUGUGCCCCGGACUCGCUGGCCGCGGGCUCCUCAGAGCAGACGACCAUCAGCGUCAGCUUCCUCCUGCCAGACAUCACUGACACAUUUGAAGCCUUCACGCUGAACCUUCUGUCUUCACUCUUGAUCAGUGGCCCCAACUCCCCCUUCUACAAAGCCCUCAUUGAAUCUGGACUCGGCACAGACUUUUCCCCUGACGUUGGGUACAAUGGUUGCACACGGGAGGCCUACUUCAGCGUGGGCCUGCAGGGUAUCGCAGAGAAGGACAUUCAGACAGUCCGGGACCUCGUGGAUAGGACGCUGGAUGACAUCAUCGAGAAAGGAUUUGAAGAUGAUCGAAUCGAAGCGUUACUUCAUAAAAUUGAGAUACAGAUGAAGCACCAGUCUGUCAGCUUUGGACUUGCCCUGACGUCUUACAUAGCUUCCUGCUGGAAUCACGAUGGGGACCCUGUGGAGCUCCUCAAGCUCGGGAGUCAGGUGGCUCGUUUCCGGAAGUGCCUGGAGGAAAAUCCAAAGUUUUUGCAAGAAAAAGUAAAACAGUAUUUUAAGAAUAAUCAGCAUAAGUUGACUUUAUCAAUGAAACCAGACGACAAGUAUUCCGAGAAACAGAUGCAGCUGGAAACAGAAAAACUGAAGCAAAAGGUCAACUCUCUUUCCCCGGAAGACAAGCAGCAGAUCUAUGAAAAAGGUUUGGAAUUACAGGCUCAGCAAAGUCAACCUCAGGACGCGUCGUGUCUGCCCGCGUUGAAGGUGUCGGACAUCGAGCCCCGCAUCCCGUUCACGGAGGUGGAGGUGGCUCUGGCAGCUGGGGACACGCCCGUCCAGUACUGCACGCAGCCCACCAAUGGCGUGAUCUACUUCAGAGCCUUCUCGAGUCUGAACACCCUGCCCGAGGAGCUCCGGCCCUAUGUGCCCCUCUUCUGCAACGUCCUCACCAAGCUGGGCUGCGGCGGCCUCGACUACAGGGAGCUGGCCCAGCAGGUGGACCUGAAGACGGGGGGCCUGGCUGCCACCCCCCACGUGCUCCCCGACGACUCUCACCUCGACACCUACGAGCAGGGUGUGCUCUUUUCAUCUUUCUGCCUCGAUAGAAACCUACCAGACAUGAUGCAUCUGUGGAGUGAAAUCUUUAACAACCCCUGCUUUGAUGAGGAGGAGCACUUCCGAGUGCUGGUGAAGAUGACAGCUCAGGAGCUGUCCAACGGGGUCCCCGACGCAGGCCACCUCUACGCGUCCAUCAGGGCGGGCAGGAUGCUGGUGCCCGCGGGGGACUUGCAGGAGACCUUCGGGGGGAUGGACCAGGUGAGGCUCAUGAAGAGCGUCGCAGAGAUGACGGACAUCAAGCCCAUCCUGAGGAAGCUCCCGCGCAUCAAGAAGCAUCUGUUGAACUGUGAUAACUUCAGAUGUUCCGUGAAUGCUACUCCCCAGCAGAUGUCUCAGGUGGAGAAUUCGGUGGACAGCUUCCUCAGGACCCUCAGCCGGAGUAAGAAGGAGCGGAAGCCUGCGCCCCCGCACGUGGUGGAGAAACCUGCACCUAAGGGACCUGGCAGGCACUCCCUGGUCACGAGGAAGCUGGUGACGGACCCCACCUUCAAGCCCUGCCCGAUGAAGACGCACUUCCUGUUCCCGUUCCCGGUGAACUACGUAGCCGAGUGCAUCAGGACUGCCCCGUACGCGGCCCCGGCCCACGCCAGUCUCAAGAUCCUGGCACGCUUGAUGACAGCUAAAUUCUUGCACACGGAAAUUCGAGAAAAAGGCGGUGCUUAUGGUGGAGGCGCCAGACUCAGCUAUGGCGGGAUCUUCACGCUCUACUCGUACAGGGACCCGCAUUCCACGGAGACGCUGCAGUCCUUCCUGAAGGCUAUCGACUGGGCCAAGUCUGGGAGGUUCACGCAGCAGGACAUCAACGAGGCAAAGCUCUCUGUCUUCGCCGCCGUGGAUGCUCCGGUGGCUCCUUCAGACAAAGGCCUGGACUGCUUCCUGUAUGGCCUCUCGGAUGAGGUGAAGCAGGCGCACCGCGAGCAGCUCUUCGCCGUCCGCCACGAAGAUCUGGUCGACGUGAGCAACAGGUACCUGGGCGCUGGGAGGAGCACACACGGCGUGGCUCUGCUCGGACCAGACAAUGCGAGCAUCGCCAAGGACCCGUCGUGGGUGAUUAGGUAGCAGAUGACCCUGACUCCAUGGGACUUGGCCCAGCCUUAGGCCUCCUGACACUGAGCGCUGUGCUUUUCUGACCUUUGUUAUUUUUUUGCAAAACUCUUGAUCAUAUGUAUAUGUGAUCAUAUAUAUGUAUACAGCAUUCUUAUGAUUUUGCCUAAGUUAUUGCCUGGCAAGUCAAGUCAGACGAAAACGUUUCUGUCUUGAAGAAGGAAAUAGAGUGAUCACGAAGAAAUUAACUGAAAUAAUCAUGCACUAAGUGCCAGAGAUGCACAGAUUAUAGUUUUUAAGACUGUCUAAUGCUAUGAAUACUUAUUUUACCUAUUAAUCCUAGAACACAUACUUUAAAAAUAAAAGGUGACUGACCUACCUA